AUGGCUCCCGGUGGCUUUGACACUGGAUUACAAGUCUGUCAUGUUUUCGAGGAGUGCGAGGUGAGCAAUUUCUGUUUAUAGGCGGACGAAAACCGAAGAGUGCCGAUUGCGAAAUACUGAGCAAAGGCUGAGCAAUUCAUGGAAUAGCGUAGGAUGACUCACGUCAAAGCCUUCUCAGAAAUCGUAGAAGCAAAAUAGAAUUGUCUGUUAGGGUAUUGAAAACAUUGAUGUUUGCGAAAACAUUUUGGUUGUGAACGGUAGAGGGCAUGUUUAUCGACAUUUCUACGCAAAUUUUCAAAAUUAUGUUUUAAACCUCGUAUGGCUUGGUGUUUUUCCAAAUAUUCCGAACAAAUUGCUCAUCCGUAAGCCCCUUCUCGCAAUCGUAUCCAGAUUCUGAGCACAUAGGACAAAUAUUCGUGACUAGCUAAAAUACACGUUUCAGGUGAACCUGCCGUCGACAGCAGAGCUGGCAGCUCAACGUGCUCAGCGGGAAUCUCUCCGCGUCUUCCAGGAAACGCUCAAUGAGAUCCGUCAAAUGGCCGAUCAACUUUCGGAGCGCUAUCGUGAAGCAUCGGAGGCAAGCGCCCGUCUAACCCGCGAACACGCAAGACUUCGUACGGAGAUGGAGCGUCAGAGAAGGCGAUUCAUCAGAAAAACCCGCGAAAAAGAGAGAAAGCGCGUCGAACACCACAACCGAGUGCUCAAAGCGUUUUUCGCUUCCAGGUUUGUUUUCCGUCCCUUUUCUGCCAGAAAAAUGUUUCAAAGAUACUGUUUUUCAGAGAACGUCGUGAAGCCUUCCCGGUUCUUGCCAGAGCCUUCUUCAAAAGCAUCAGCUAA